AUGGGGCGCCCCCUUGAGCACAGGGUAUGGGUGGAGGAUACCCCGAUCCCGGUAGGGGCCCAUAUGAAAUACUUGGGCCUCACACUGGACGGCCGUUGGAGUUUCAGGGAGCACUUUUCUCGUCUGGCCCCCAGAUUGGGCAGAGUAGUUGCGUCUUUAAGUCGUCUGCUUCCCAAUCUGGGAGGCCCUGACGGGAGAGUUAGAAAAAUUUUUGCCGGCACUGUGCAGGCGGUCGUCCUUUACGGGGUUCCUGUCUUUGCGGGCAGCAUGAUGGCCGACUGGCGCUUUCGACAAAUAAUACGCCAGCCACAGCAUCGAAUGGCCAUUAGAGUCGCCCGCGGCAACCGCACAGUGUCCGGAGUGGCGGCAGGAAUCCUGGCGGCUCUUCCCCCACUGGAGCUCCAGGCGAAAGCAUACGCCGAUAUGUAUGCACAAGAACGGUAG